AGACCGCAUCCUGCAGCACGACCGGAAGAUCGCGGCGCUGCUGGAGGAGAAGGUCGGGCUGUUCGCCGACAUGCUGGCGCUGACGAGCGGCUGCGACGAGCCCUCGCCCGCCCUGGCCCCGCGCACCCUUUUCCGCUCCGACUCCAGCGAGGGCUCGCGGGGCGAGCGCCUGAUGCACGACGCCAUCCGCGAAGUGGAGUGCCUGAAGGAGAUGUUGGCGGGCGCCGGGCGCGAGCGGGACCAGAACCACGUCGCCGAGGCCGAGAGCUGCCCCAGCCCCGGCGCGAGCAACGGUGACGCCGGCAGCUUCAACGGCGCCCCGGAGUUCUGCAGGGCGGACUCGGACGCCGGGCAGCGGGACGGGAACGGCAACCAGCUCCUGCAGCGGGCACCCCAGGAGGAGGUGAACCAGCGGCUCAUGAACCUCUACGCCCUGCUGCACGGCCUCCAGGCGGUGGUGAGCCAGCAGGACACGCUGCUGGAGCUGCGGCUGCAGGAGGGCGCCGAGCGGCGCGAGAAGCCGGCGGCACCGGCGGCGAGCGAAGCGGCGAGGCCGGGCGAGAGACCCAGCUCGGAGCUGGCGCUGCUGCAGCGGCAACACGCCCUGCUGCAGGAGGAGCUGGCCCGCUGCCGGCAGCUCUGCCACGAGCGGGCGCAGGAGGCGGCGGGGCUGGAGGGGCGGCUGCGGGGCAGCGAGCAGGAGCGCGCGCGGCUGGAGCGCGAGCGGGACGAGGCGCAGCGGCAGCUGGCGGCGCUGCGCCAGGAGGCGGGGGGCGCGCGGGGCCGCCGCGGCACCGACCCGCGCCGCAGGAGCUUGCCGGCGGGAGACGCGCUGUACCUCAGCUUCACCCCCCCGCAGCACCUGAGCCACGGCAGCAGCCCCCCCAGCCUCUCCUUCCAGCACCACCACGCUUUCGCCACGUGCCCCCGGGACGAGCUGGAUUACCGGGGCGAGCCCCCCCGGCUGCGGGAGGGCGAGGACGCGCUGGAGGCGCUGCUGGAGGAGGACGGGGGCUUGGGCGGCCGCCGCUCCCCCCCCGCCCGCCCCCCGGAUUUCCUGAGGAUGCAAGACAUUCCCGAGGAGGUGGAGAGCAGCCAGGAGCUGAAGGAGGGCGACGGGGGCUCCUCGGACAGUUAGGGACCGGCCCCUGACCCCCCCAA